UUCUUGUCCUGUUCCCUUAUAAUAAAGAGAUAUAAUGUGACUUAAGUCCAGGACUGUGCUGGAAAUUUUCUGUGUUGACCAUUUAUACCUGAUGCUGACUCCACACCCCAUGCAGACGUCUGAGCUCGCAGCCACUCAGAAACAUGAAUCAGAAAACAGGAGAUAAUCUCUAGGAUUUUGGUGGAGCGGCAGCAUGCGAGUUCCCUCUGCUGGCACGCAGCAUGACGGGGCUGCCGGCACUGCGCUGCCCCCACCACGCUGCCUGCACGGCGCAGGGAUGCCCAGCCAGGUCGCGGGAGAGUGCUGUGCCUCCGGUCUCCUGCCUCAUCCCUAGGGAGAAGGAGCAGGGGAAGCUCUUUGGAAACCCCAUGGAUGAACCUUGAAGCCUGUUUCACACACAGCUGGAGGGGGCUGCAGGGACACCCUCGGACAUCAGUCCUCUAUCCCAGCAGGGCUCUGCAGCCACAGGGAUAAAUCCUGGCACAUCUCAGGAGGGUGCCAGCAGCUUCAGGAAGGAGACCACCCUUGGGUGGGGAGUCUUUGGGGUGCAGAAACCUGGAGCCCCUUCUCCUGGGUGUGCGGCUGUGGGCUCGCCCACCUCCUGCAGCUCCCUAGGGAGUGUUGGGAUUUCUGGUUGGCAGACUUGGCUUUUCUUGCACAUUUCCAGGGAUGCAGCCUCUAAAACCACAGCUUUCCCAGUUGACCCCACAUUCUGCUCAUGCUGGCAAGGGUCCGUUGUGGCAUCUGCCGUGUCUGCUGUAGGAGGGUGGUCAGGGGGAUGAGGCAUAUUUCUAGCCUCAAUAAAUAGCAGAGCUGCCUGAAAUUGCUUAAAAGACUUUACUUUCUCAAAUUCCUUCCUGGAGUGUCUUGAGUUGUAAGGCUCUGCUCUGAAUGCUGUUUCUACAGAGCAGAGCGCCUGUUCUCCCAAGCAUAGUUGUUUUUUUUUUUUCUUGUAAAACUAUCCUCUUCAUUUUUGUGGACCUUUUGGAGAAAUUCCUCUUCCUUUUCCUGACACUUACUGUCUUUCUUUCUGCUAAAUAAUGAAUGAAUCCAAUAAAAACAAGCCCUUUCUUCCAAUCAAAGAAAAUCACUUUAACGAUAGCUCGUGCUGGUCUUUAUAGCUUUCCUUCCCACCGCACACACCCCUCCACCUAACAGCUGAGAUCUGCAUCUCGGGUUUAGUGGCCUGGAAAAUAUUAACAGCCUGCAUGGCCGAGGAACUCCUCGGGAUGAGCUUUGUAGUUGAGAAAGCACUAAAUGGCGCCGCAGCUUUUAAAACGCUUCUUCGUACCUGUCCGCAGCCUUGUUUUGUCUACACGGAGCUGCUGUUCAGAGGGAGCAGCUCUCUCCUUGGCACAGUGUGGAGAAGAGAGCCCUACCCCUCCCCGUCCCCCCAGGAUCUCUAAGCUGUAACCUUUCUGAAAUGUUGAGCUAAUGGGAAAAAAAAACCCCGAUUCUUUCCUGUAAUCUGGAUGAUAUUAACCCUUGGGGCUGUGAUUUGGUAGCAGUGAUUUAUUUUUCUCCUCCCUUUUUCAAUGAUGAAUUACUGGAAUGAUUUUGAUUUUGUUUUGUAUGUAGAUGCAGAUAUAUAAUUUCCUCUUCUGUUCAUUCAUUUUCCAGCCUUGUUUUCUUCCAGGUCUUGUUGCUCUCCACCUUCUCCUGCUGUGUUGCUGUGUGACGUGUCCGCCUUUACUUCGCCUGCUUCGCUACCAUCUCAUCUCAAUCUCAAGCCGUAGAACAACUUGGUGGUGCAGCCCCUUUCAUGAGAAAUCAACCUGCUUUUGAUUUUGGGUUUUUUUGUUUUGAUUUGUUUUUUUGGUUGUUUUUUUUCUUCUGAUUUGUUUUUCUUCAGGCCUUCACCUAAUAGGGCUCAGACAAUGUUAAUUCAUUGACCUCCCUCCUAAACUGAGACUCAGAGAAGGCUGGGCCAGUGUAAAAAGGGUUAAGAAAUUGUGACUCCAAAACAGUUAUGAAGGAGGUGGAUUGAUGCUCUCGACAGGCUGGCUUAUGUGAAUGGACAUCUCGGGAGCAGAACAUCCCACAGAGAUUGGGAGCUCUGCGUGAGCCUAGGAUCUGCCCGCUCCCAGUCUGCAAACUGGGAGGCAGCAGGGGCUGAACAGGUGUCCCAUAAAAUCAUCCAAGGUGUUUGAAUUUACAAAGCAAAGUAUUCCCCACCAAUUUUGUCCCUUCCUCUUUGGUUGUGGGCUUCAGCUCCCAAUCCUGGCAGCCUGGCUCUGAGCAGCAGUGGGGUGGGCCCCUGGUUUGCUGGGGGAUGUGAUGUGCUCAGACUGUUCGUCUCAUUUAUGGAACUUAGUGCAAAUGUUGGUUGAAAACUGAACAUCUCAUGUUUUUUGAGUCCUUAACCUGCUGUUUCUUUUUAUGGAAAGUGUUAAAAAUGGAUAUUUUUAGAUAACCUGUUUCCCCUCAUGUGGUUGCCAUUGUGAUUUUCAUGCACGUUAGAGGUCCAUGCAGAGCAGGCAGUCCUGAGUUUAGAUGUGGCAGACGUGGAUCCAAAUUUUAUGUCAAGAACCCACCUGGAUUGAGCAUUCUGGGGAGGUUCAAAAUUGAGUUUUAAACCUCACAGCCUGGAGCUCAGCUGGCGUGUGUGGUGGUGGUGGGUUAUUGCUUCACAUUCCCAGGUUGUGAUUAAAGACCUGAGGUUGCUACUUGCCCAAAACCCCUGGGCAUGCAAACUUUGACACCAGCAGGUCCUUUGAAAAUUCCAGUAUUUCCUCUCCUGUGGGUCAGCAAGCAGCUUUUUAUGCUGAAAUGGCCCUUUUAAUUCCACCUGCAAAGGCCUGUUGUUUGCUCAUUCUUAGGAGCAUCCCAUUUGGGUUUGGUCUGGGGUUGGCUCCUGCUCCACCCACAUUUCUUCAUAGUUCUCCUCCAUCCUCAGAGACGUGUGUGCCACGGUGUGAUGGGCCACCAAGGCAGUGUCUGAGAGCCCAAGUUGUGCUCCCUGCUGUCCAUACCAGAUUUGCAGACCAGUUUGAGAGGAGGGUUUUGCAGGGGAUGCCCUGCCAUGCCUGCACAGGGUGCUCCUCAUUCCCUUGUGCCUCUUCAGCUGGUGCACCCUGCGAGCCAGACCCCUUGUCUGGAGGCACCUACAGGCACUCCUCACUCAGUGCAGUCCUGUGGAUGGAUGUUACCCGUGUGGGGCUGAGUAUACAGGGUGAACACGCAGGGUGACAUGAAGCCAUCUCUGCACCCCAGCUUGGUCUGAUAUGUCUGAUCGGUGGCUGGGGGAGGGCAUUGGUAGCUGCAGUGCUAGAGAGUAAAGACAAAGCUUAACCCAAAGCUUCUCAAUAAUCCCUGUUUCUCAAAGGGCUAUAAAAUUUACAAGUAAAAAGUUAUUUCUGGUUUUUCAAGGGUUUUCUAGAUAUUUAAAGAGUUUUGUGGAGCUGGGUAGCAUGAGGUUUUUCCCCGCUUUGGCUGUGGGUAAAAUGAUACAUGUCAGAUCGGGGCAUUUUGCCCUGGAUUUCUGCACGCUAGAGCUUGCAGAGAAACAGGGACCAAAAGCCAGGUGUGCACGAACACUGGGUCGAGCAAUUCUGCAGCCUUACAUUUGUGGGAUUGUACAGCUCAGCGCAGUUGCUGUUCUUGUGUUUAAACCGGCUCUGGUUUCCCCUUUCUCUGUGUUUUGCAGGCGAUCCCAGGUCAUCGAAAAAUUUGAGGCAUUAGAUAUUGAGAACGCAGAGCACAUGGAAACGAACGUGUCGGCUGGUGCUGCUCUUUCCAGUGAGACGCGGCAGGGCAGGAGCGAGAAGAGGGUUUUCCCGCGGAAACGGGACUUCACAUGUGAAGGUGCAGCUGUGGGCUCCAUCCUGGAUGUGUCUGCGUCUCCUCUGUCACCGCAUCGCCGGGCAAAGUCACUGGACAGGAGGUCCACGGAGUCCUCUAUGACGCCUGACCUGCUGAACUUCAAGAAGGGCUGGUUGACAAAGCAGUAUGAGGACGGGCAGUGGAAGAAACACUGGUUUGUGCUGACCGACCAGAGCCUGCGAUACUACCGGGAUUCAGUGGCGGAGGAGGCAGCUGACCUGGAUGGAGAAAUUGAUUUAUCCACGUGCUAUGAUGUUACUGAGUACCCGGUUCAGCGAAACUAUGGCUUCCAGAUCCAUACGAAGGAAGGGGAGUUCACCCUCUCCGCCAUGACGUCGGGCAUUCGCCGCAACUGGAUCCAGACCAUCAUGAAGCACGUUCGCCCCACGACUGCUCCCGAUGUAACAAGGAAAAACUUCUCUUUGAAACUAUCCGUGCUGAAGCCCAGCUCCCUGCCAGAAGAGAAAAGCAAAACAAGCUCUUCCUUUGAGACUGGUCCAAAGCCGAGCGAGAAGCCGGAUGCGGAGCAGGCUGAGCUGGACCCAGAGCAGAAGCGGAGCCGUGCCCGGGAGCGCCGGCGAGAAGGACGUUCUAAGACCUUUGAUUGGGCCGAAUUUCGCCCCAUCCAGCAAGCCCUGGCCCAGGAACGUGCAAACGCUGCAGACUCCUCCAAGAGUGGCUCUGCCACCUUCUCCAGGGAUGCCGGUGCCACUGAGGCCGACUCGGGAGAGCUGGAGCGGGAGCGGGCCCGGCGGCGGGAGGAACGGCGCAAACGCUUCGAAAUGAUUGAUGCCGUGGACGGGGCAGGGUCGGAAGAGGCUCUAAGGAUGGAGGUGGACCGGAUCCUGCCCGUCCCGACAGACAUCAAACCGCAGAAUGUCCACGUGGAGAUUGAGCAGCGCUGGCACCAAGUGGAGACCACCCCGCUGCGGGAGGAGAAGCAGAUCCCCAUCGCGCCUCUGCACCUCGCCCAUGCCGAGGACCGGGAUGAGGGGCUGACGAAGCAACACUUGACCACACUGCUGGAGAAGGAGCUGGAGCAGAAGCAGAAGGAGGCCCUGGAGCUCCUGGAGCAGAACCGGCACCUGCAGGACCAGCUGAAAGUGGCACUGGGCCGGGAGCAGAGUGCUCGUGAGGGCUACGUGUUGCAGACCGAGGUGGCCGCCUCGCCAUCAGGUGCCUGGCAGAGGCUCCACAAAGUCAACCAAGACCUCCAAAGCGAGCUGGAAGCCCAAUGCCAGCGUCAAGAGCUGAUCAAUCAGCAGAUUCAGUCACUGAAGCGCAGCUACGCUGAGGCCAAGGACGUGAUCCGGCACCACGAAGCUGAGAUUCAGAGCCUACAGGCGAGGCUCAGUAACGCGGCGGCCGAGCUCUCCAUCAAGGAGCAGACCCUGGCCAAGCUCAGGAGUGACCUGAGGAGCGAAAAAGAGAAAGCCAGAGAGCAGCUGGAGGAGUGGCAGCAUGGCGAGGCCACGCUCAGCUCCCAGCUGAAGGCCAGCGAGCAGAAGCUGAAGAGCGCAGAGGCUCUGCUCCUGGAGAAGACCCAGGAGCUGCGGGACCUGGAGAUGCAGCAGGCUUUGCAGAGGGACCAUCAGAAGGAGGUGCAGCGGCUCCAAGACAGGAUCGCGGACCUGAGCAGGCAGCUGAAUGCUAGCGAGCAAACACGGAUCCUCAUGGAGGAGAAGCUGCAGAAGAAUUACGAGGCUUUGCUGGAGAGCUGCGAGAGGGAAAAGCAGGUUUUAAUACGAAGUCUGAAGGAGGUGGAGGAUAAGGCCAAUGAGUAUGAGAACCAGCUGCAAAAUAGCGAGCAGCAAAUGGAGAUUCUGCAGAAGGAGAAACUUAGUGCAAAGUUUGAAGGCAGCGAGCUUGUCCACCAGCUGGAGGAGCAGCUGGUGAUGAAGGAGGCCAGCAUCCAGAAACUCGCAGAGCACAUCAAGGAGCUCGAAAGAGAGAGAGAUCAGAUCAAAUGUCGGUUCCACGAGCUCAUGAAUCAGGUUGCCGAGUCCGAUAAUGAAGUUGCAAAGCUGCAAGCAAAGUUGAAAAUGGAAGAGACCAACUACCACAAUCUGGAGCAAUCGUUUGAGGAGGUGUCAGAUCAGUUCCAGGGUGUGCAGAAGGUGCUGAAAGAAAAAGAAGAAGAGUUGAGACACGUUAAAGAAAUGCACUUGAGAAUUGUGGAAAAGAAAGAUCAAGAUCUCAGUGAGGCUUUGGUUAAAAUGGUUGCUUUAGAUAGCAGUUUAGAGGAGACUAAAGUAAAGCUAAAGGCCAAGGAGGAGGCUUUAAAAAAAUUAGCUAGUGUAGGCACAGGUCCAUGUGCUGAGGAGGCAGAAGACCUUGGCCCCAGUCUUGAGGCUGAUGAAAGUCACCCAUCCCAACUAGGGCAGCUUCCACAAACUCAGGGUGUCCUCCCAGCUCUGACUUAUGCACUGAAGGAGGAGGAGGAUGAGGUUCUUGAGACCAGCCAGCAGCAAGCAGAGGAAUUUGGCUCCCCAUCCAAAAGUGUAGAGCUCCAGGACCAAGACUUGGUUCAGAAAGCCUUAGCAAAGCCUGAUGUAGGAAUCAUGGGGUCCAAGAGGCAAAGAAUCCGUUUCUCAAGCAUCCAGUGCCAAAAAUACAUCCAUCCAGAUGGAUCCGAGAAAAACUGGACAAGCAGUACCUCUUCAGACACAAGCCAAGACAGGUCGCUGUCUGAAGAAAGCAUGUCAUCAGAGCCGGCUCUCGGUUACCCGUCGUCGGGGACAAGUGACUCUGAGACCUAUCUCUCAAUCAUCCAUUCCCUGGAAACCAAACUUUAUAUUACGGAGGAAAAACUCAAAGAUGUAACGAUGAAACUGGAAAGCCAACAUGGCCAUAAUCAGGAGACACUCAUUGCCCUCCACCAUCAGUGGGCCAGCACAGAGUCUCAGCUGCGGGAACAACUUCAGGCCAGCUUAUCCCAAGUCAGUGCUUUGAUCUCACAGCUGGAGAGUGAGAGGCAGGAAAAGUUCAAGCUCAUAGAAAAUCAUGUUAACGAGCUGGGAGGUUUCCAAAUGAAAAAUGAUCAAGCACUGACUUGCUUAGAGAAAUGUAGAGAGCAACUAAGAUCUUUGCCCAAAUCAGACAAGGAAAAAGAGGGUGAUUUGUUCCUUGUUACUCUGUCCAGCAUGGAAACAACCUUAUCAAAUGCAAUCCAAGCCUUGAGAGGGGCGCCAGCCCCAUCAGAGUAUCAGCAGAGUGAAAGCCUUAUCGCGGAAAGCCCCGCUCCAGAAGGAGGUUUUUUGGGAGAAGAGGAGCAUGUCUCCAAGGAGCAGCGAGUGGAAAUGUUUGACGCCAGCCAGCUGAGGUGGCUUUCUGAGAGAGUGGCAUUUGAGGCCUCUCUCAUCAACCACAUAGCAGAGUCUUUGAAAAAUGCAAGCUCUGAGAUAUCUCGGCUUCUGAGAGAGAUCCAGGGAACAGCUGAAGUGGUUUUGUUGGAGCCAGCAGAUGUUUCUCAUACAGCAGUGGACUUGGCCAGCAUCCUAUCUAAGAAGCUGCUUCUGGAAGGGGAGUUCUGGAGCCAGGUGGAGGAGCUGAGAGUGCACUUGAGCACCAGAGAAGGGGAAGCCGAGGGCAAAACAGAAACAACAGGUUUGGGCUUUUCUUCAUGUUUUCUAAGUGCUGUAGCAGAUGCUACUUUGAUCAAGGCAGAACUUGGGUUUGUUGCACAGAAAAUGAGAGAAUCUUUUCAUCAGAGAUUAAAAACAAUCGAAGAAGACCUCCAUAAUACCAAAACAGCUCUCCAGCAGCAUAAAUGCAUGUUGGAGGAGAUCAUCAAAGCAUACAGGACUCCUGAUUUUGACAGAGUUAUGCACCAUAUUUCUGAAGCGCUUGAAAUUCAGAAAGAUGCUUCAGAAAGAACCCAGAUCUCCUGGGACGGGAGCCAUCUCCAAAUGGUGCCAUGUCAGGAGUUAGCCAAGGUGGAGGAGACCGGCAGCCUGCUGGACCGUAGUAGUGAAGCUCUUGUUUCCAUUCAGGAAGAUCUUGCCCAACAACUAAAGGACAAAUCAAAUGUUCUGAAGGAGAUAUCUGUUGCCUUACUCUCUCUGCCUCCUGAGGAGGCAAUGAGAGACUGUCAGAAGCUCCUGAAGAUAUCUCAGAGUCUUUCUUAUCAUUCGUGCAUGGGAGACCUUGAACAGUAUUCCUCUUUGUUAGUCCACGAUGCAAUUGUUCAGGCUCAGGUUUGUUAUGCCGCUUGCAAAGUCCGACUGGAGUACGAGAGAGAGAUGAAGUCCUACAAGGAGUCCUUACAGAGCAUGGACGUGCUCUGCCAAGAGCGCGUGAAGACGGUCUCUCUCCUUCGGGACGAGUACGAAGACUUGCUCAGGAAGCAGCAGGGUGAGUACAGCGAGGUGAUCGCCAUGCUCGAAAGGGAGAACGCCGAUCUCAAAGCCAAGGUGUCUCAGCUUGACAGUCAGCGAAGGCUCUUGGAGGAAGAAGAGCAUAAACACAGCAAGAGCUUGAGUGAGUUACAGGGACGGUAUGAGGAGGAGAUUCGAAAUGUGAUAGAGCAGCUAAACAGGACGGAGGAUGCUCUGAAGGCUGAGAGGACAGAGGGCCUCAACCAGCUGGAUGCCAUUGUCCGUGACAAGCAGAACAUGGAGCAGUAUCACCUGGAGCAGAUGCAAAUGCUGGAGGACAAGUUCCAGGCCAAGAUCAAGGAGCUACAGGUCAUCCACGGCGAGGAGCUGCAGGCGCUGCAGGAGCACUACAGCCAGAACCUGCAGCGCCUGCAGGAGACCCUGGACGAGUACCAGCGGCAGCACCCGGAGGCAUCCCCCGUGGCGGGCCUGGGCGGGGGGGAUGCCUGGGUGGCCGGGGAGGAGGGUGGCACCGGGCAGGGCCCCGACGGUGACCUGGACUCCAUGCAUGGCCUGAGGGAACGAAUCCAGGAGCUGGAGGCCCAGAUGAACGUCAUGAGGGACGAGCUGGAGAACAAGCAUCUGGAGGGGAACGCUUCCACCUUGAGGGAAAAAUACCAGAAAGACUUUGAAAAUUUAAAGGCAACAUGUGAAAGGGGCUUUGCAGCCAUGGAGGAGACACACCAAAAGAAGAUUGAGGACCUGCAGCGACAGCACCAGCGGGAGCUGGAGAAGCUGCGGGAGGAGAAGGACCGCCUGCUGGCAGAGGAAACGGCUGCCACCAUUUCAGCCAUCGAAGCCAUGAAGAACGCACACCGGGAGGAGCUGGAGCGAGAGCUGGAGAAGUCCCAGCGCUCCCAGAUCAGCAGCGUCAAUGCCGACAUCGAGGCCCUCCGAAGGCAAUACCUGGAGGAGCUGCAGUCGGUGCAGCGGGAGUUGGAGGUGCUUUCGGAGCAGUAUUCGCAGAAGUGUUUGGAGAACGCCCACCUGGCGCAGGCGCUGGAGGCUGAGAGGCAGGCCCUCCGCCAGUGCCAGCGGGAAAACCAGGAGCUCAACGCCCACAACCAGGAGCUGAAUAACCGCCUGGCUGCGGAGAUCACGCGAUUGCGGACCCUGCUGACCGGGGAGGGCGGGGGAGAGGCUGCUGGAUCGCCUCUCACGCAGGGCAAGGAUGCCUACGAGCUGGAGGUCCUGCUGCGGGUCAAAGAAUCAGAAAUCCAGUACCUGAAGCAGGAGAUCAGCUCCCUCAAAGAUGAGCUGCAGACAGCACUGAGGGAUAAGAAAUACGCCAGCGACAAGUACAAAGACAUCUACACGGAGCUGAGCAUCGUGAAGGCCAAGGCAGACUGUGAUAUCAGCAGGUUGAAAGAGCAGCUGAAAGCAGCCACAGAAGCUCAGGGAGAGAAAUCCCCUGUGAACACCACUGUAUCGGGAUAUGAUAUUAUGAAAUCAAAAAGCAACCCUGAUUUCUUGAAGAAAGACAGAUCCAGUGUUAGUCGGCAACUAAGGAAUAUCAGGUCAAAGUCCGUUAUUGAGCAGGUCUCAUGGGAUAACUGAAAUGAACCCGAGUCCAGGUUCCCUGCCACGUAGAGUCUGAAGGAAGGCCUGACUGUGCAAGAACGCCUGAAGCUUUUUGAAUCCAGGGACUUGAAGAAAGACUAGUUCUCCCCGCUCCGCUUGACCACGCGCACCUCCCAGCUUGAGGCAGCACAGCACCAGCACCGUUUGUCUCUCGUUCCUUACGACUGUCCUUGCUGUCGUUCGUCUUGACGCCCCCAAUGGGACCCGGCGCCGUGGUGGUGGUGGUGCCCCCCCCUGCUGCCCCCUCGCCUCCCCAGCUCCUUUCCCUGCUUGUGAGACGCUCCAGAGACUCUGAGAGGGAGAGGAAGGGAUUGGGGUGGGGUGUUUUUUUCCCCUCUCUUCAGCGCUUUGUAGGAGAAUCCUUCCUUUACUGUAAACCAUUACACUAAGUGUCAGUAUUAAGGCUCAGUAGCCUGUUAAUAAGCUAGCUCUGUCAUACCAACCGUUUUGGUAUGCAGGCAGGGCCUGGGUGGUAUCGGCCAUACCGAGCUCUUACUGCUGUCAAGAGACCCAGUGCUCAGAGCACGCCAGGAGCCUAAUCUAACCAUUGAUCUCGAUUGCAUUACUUGCACCUACAAGGGGGGAAAGCCCGGGGGAAGAUUUUGGGGAGCGCAAGUCCGUGCUGGCAUACACAGCCUGGAGGUACAACACUGACAUCCCGCUGGAGAAGGAUGCAAGAAAUGAUUCUCCUGCCCCGUGACUGUGCCGUAUCCUGAAUGUAGGCGAUACUGAAGCCCGGUGAGCUUUGGUGGCUGCCCAGGUGGUUAUGGAUAGGGAGCUGCAGAUACUCAAUGUGCACCGUCGAGUCUGCCCCAUCGGCGUGUCUUUGCCUCCUGUCUCACUGGUGGUCGCAGUCGGUGUUUCAGGGGCCAAGCUGUAAGAUCAUUUUCUUGCCUCUGUUAGAUCAAGCCCAGCACUCUUUUUUUUUUUUUUUUGAUUGAGUCCCGUGUAUCCCAGGGUCUGUGCGCAUGUGAAACUCCCUUUUCCUAGUCAAAGGAAAGUAGAGUAGAAAGUAGAGCCAAUAUUGACUGAAAAUGCACAGUGCUCAAUGCAUAUAAUGCUCCUUUUUUAUCAGCUUCUUGAAUUCAACUCUUCUUGUCAGCAGGGCAGCUCCUAUUUUAAUUCUUUAAUCUUUUCCUGAAAUAAAAGUCUCAAAACCAGUAUGUGCUUCAGAUCUUCUCAGUCCUAAUAGCUUUUGUAUUUAAAGCAUACAAUUUAGCACUGUGAGGCCGAUCAAUGGAUACAAGCUCAAAGUGAGUCGAGGGAGCUGGUAACAUUAGAUGCAGCACACAGCCAGCCGAGCAGUCUUCCUAGAAGCCUACGCUGCUUUGCAGUGGGGCUGCCCGGGCAUGGUGGCUUCAUCCCAGGCUAAAUUUCAAGAUGCCACCGGUAAAGAUGCCAGGUCUUGCCUCACUGAUAGCUCUGGCCGGGAGCAGGGCUGAAGCAGUGCUCUGGUGUGUUGGUUUCCCAGCGCCAUUUAGCUGCCGAGCGGCCCGUAUCACUUUGGGCUGUGCUAUUAAAGAUAUGCCCUAGCCUUCACGUGGAGCAAAGCUUCCUCUUGUCUUUCAAGUGCUUAACACGUGGUUGAAGCAGGCAGCUCAGUGUGCUUUCCUGGCUGAUUUUUGGGCUGUUAGGCAGGCAGUACAAUCACAGCCCUCCAAGCAAACUCUUGCUGCAGCUCCGGAGCGGUGAGCACCACAGGGCUGGUGACAGCCAUCUCCAAUCCUGCCAGGUUGGAUCACGGCAGGUGCUGAGAGUUCACCCUCAUCCUCUCUCUGAGCAGCAAGUCUCUGUUUCAGCCCCCAGACCCUCAGCAGGAGACGGCAUCAUCUAACCAGUGUCAAGGCUCUCAUCCAGCUUGUGUGGCCUUGCCGUGGCCACGUGCUCAGUUUGACACCUCCCAGGGCACUCGCAGCAGCGCACAGCAGCGAGCCGGUCCUGCCUGUAGGAGCCUCACUUGUCCCCAGUCAAGAUGCCAGCGCCGUGCAGCGGGCAGAGCCCGUGCGGGGACGCUUUCCCACUGCGAUGCUCUGUAAUCUGUGCCUGGAUGUACAUGGAAGCCCUGGAGAUAAGAUCAGGGUAGGAAAAAUGCUCAACUGGAUACAAAGUCUUUCCCUUUGUGCCCUCUAUGAUAGUUCGAUGUGCAGCCACUCGCCCUAAUCUGAGCUCACAGUAGCACUUUCUGUAAUCUUGAGUUUUGGAGGACCCAGGAGCCUUCCCAGCCAUGCCCCACCUGGAUCAACCAUCAGUCACUCCCGGAGACUCCGUGUUGCUCCUUGCACUGCAUUUGCUUCCACCCAUCAGUCAGCAGCUGCCUUAGUCCUCUCAUCCCACAGUGGAGGAAUGUGGCCUGUGUGCCCAAAGCUGCUCACCAUCAGCCUCUCGCCUGCCGGAUGGGAGUCCAAACUGCAGAGCCCAAAGUGGAAAUGGUCACCUUAGCACUGUCCUGGGGCUGUGGAAAUAACUGCCCUCGCCACUCUGAGCUAGCUAAGGGCCAUCUCAAGCAUAGACUGUUGUUGAUAAACCCAUGUAUGUUGGUAAUGCUUAGCAGUGGCUUUUUAUAGCCUUGGUGUGGGGUUCUGCUUCCCUUCCAGCUGAGGAGAUCCAGAUGCAGCUCUCCUUGUUUGUCUUCCCAGAUUCAGCCUUCUCCAGAUCAGUUGUGCAUGUGUUGUGCUUAGAAGAAGUCCACAUCUGGAAGAAGAGGGUCCUUCGUUACUAGUCACAUACGAGGUUUCACUCUCCCUGCUGGCAUCUUGCACUUGACUGAAGUGAGAGGUCUGGGUCUCUGGUAUAACCUCACAGUUGGGUGAGCGGGGCGAGUUCAGGUCCCCAUGCUCACAGCAGCUGGCAAUGUGGCACUUCAGUGACAUCUCUGAGCAGUUAAAGGCAGUCUUUAAGGUAAAGCAGGGACACCAAUGCCUGCCAAGCAGAGUAGAUUGCAGGACAGAGAAGUCAGUGCUGUGGUCCAGGUUCAUCUUAAUUCGGGCCAUUGACAUAGCACUGAGGGAUCUGGUGGAGUUGAGAACUGUCAGUGUUAGGUUAAUGGUUAGACUAGGUGAUCUUCAAGGCCUUUUCCAACCUAGGAAAUUCCAACCUGUGAUUCUGUGAUUAGGUUUAUGUUGUGUAUGUGCCUUUCUAACUGCAUCAGGAGAUGCUUACCUGGCCCAGGUGGGUGGCUUGGUCCCAUCCGAAGUCACCUGCCCAACUCUCUGCAGGGAUAACCUUUACACUCCAUCCUGGGCUGCUCUGGAUGAGCUCUGCUCUCUGGCAGCCGUGAUCUCCUGGCAGAGGUCUCAGGACACACCAUUAGGAUGGCAUGUAGGCCUUGUCACUGGCAUUGCUCUUUCUUUACAAGACAUCACUGGCUCCAGGAGGAUGCCCUCUUCCUCCUCCUCCUCUUCUCUCCAGACAUAGAGUGGGACUUUGUCCUUUUUAGCCAGCCGAGCAGAACAUGCACUGCUCUCCUUCUCGACAUGUGGACCCUGCCCUUUCUUACAUCCCCCAGCAAAUCCUGCUUUUUCUCUGCAUACUUCAUUUGCUCAGGAGCACUUAUUUUAAGUGUGAAGACUAGAAGUUAUGUACCUUACAUUGACACAUUGGUGGUGUGGCGGACACAAGAUGAACCUUUCUGCUACAGGAUCAUGCCACUGAGCAUCUUGAGGCUCCCCAUGCAGGGAUGUUUUCUGCUCUAUGCUUGCUCAUACCAAGAAAUCUUCUCUUGCAGAUCAGUGUCCUGCCUGGCACUAGGUAUUGAGCCUAGUGAGUAAGAGUACUUGAUUUCUUCGCCAGUGCUCCUGCUUUGAGCCUUAUUUCUUAACAUAGAGAACAGCUGGGUAAGUGGAGGGCACACGUGGAGCGAUCAGGUGGGGAUCACCCCCAGUGUUUGACUCAGCAUGUGUAAAUACAUUAAUUCUUAAAAAAAAAAAAAAAGUGAGGAUGGGUAGAAAGGCACUGCAGUGUGUUGGCAAAGGUGGCAGCACUUUGGUGGUGGACAAUGCAGGAAGGCAGAAGAAUGUGCGAAAAAAAUGCAGCGGCACAGGGAGCUGUGCAAAGUGUGUGGGUGCUGAAGGCAGGGAGGGUCCGGAGAAGAGCUUUCUGCUUGUGCUCAGGCCCUGAACUGCCCGGCAAAGAGGGGGACUGUUGUUAUUUAUACACAUAUAAAAAUAUACUGAUGUUUAGUGGGGGAAAUAAUCACCCAGGAACGCUUGUAUGGCUCUUGCUUCUUUCUUGUAGACAUGCCCAUAUGCCAAGCAAGGGAUCAUCUAUAACUUCAGGGCCACUUGUGUCAAUUCUUCACUCGAGGCAACACAGACGGUAUUUUGCAUCCCUUCCGUGAGGCCCUGACAGGGGAUCCAGCACCAAGGAAUGAAGCUGGAUUUUCUUCUCUCUUUCCUCUAGUUUGUUUUUACCUUACUGAACAGAAAAUGUGAGUCCUCGCAUCACCCUCUUUUCUGGGCUCCGUGAAACAUCUCUAAAAGAAUUUGACGAGGUUUGCUGGGACUGCUGUCUGAACAGGGUCAGAGCCAGGGGAUCAGCUGCUCAGAAAUUUGCUUUUGGGGAACUUCUAUUUAAUAUAUAUUGGCCAGCUUGUCUGGACCGUCAAAUAGCUGAGAAAACCAAGACAGGCAUGUUUGCUGGGGAAAAAAACCUGGCACUAACUACAGGUAUAGCUGAAGCAAAAUGUAUUAGGUGGCAGGAGGACAGGCACAGGGAACACAGCAGUGCCUAACAAGCCAAAUCAAUUAAUCUUGAUGAAUUUUGUGGGUUAAAAAUAUUUAUCGCUAAACAAAGGGAUCUUUUAUGACCAUAGUGGUGGUGGUGGUCUCAUAUACUGUAGCUUGAAGGAGCAGCCGUCUUCCACUGGGCAGUUGGGCUCCUUUGAAAAUGAAAACAGAGAACCUGUCUCUGCCAUACAGAAGGUGCAUCUGGGGCUGAGCAGUGGCCUCGGCAUCGUCAGGAUGAGCCUCAGCCUUUGGGGCAGCACUUCACCAGGUGGGAACACUGUACACAGUGUCUUAUGGCAGUAGCGAUGAGUUCAGGGGGUCACAAAGAAGAGGAGGAGGAGGAGGAGGAGGAGGGAAGGUGCUGUGGUAUGCAGGCAGCUUCAGGCUGCGCUUCAGGCUCUGCUCUGUUUGCAGUCUGGCAACUAUCUGAGCAUUACCGCAGAGCAAAAGGCAUCACCUGCCUUUACGUGAAAGGAAGAGAACUUGGAGCACCAAUGACCAAGCCUAAAAUUGAAGUAUUUCUGCAGAGAGCAGUGCUUUUUUU